GUGAAAGAUAUGCAAGAAAGAGUGAGAAAAAAUGAGAAAAAAAUCAAGAAAGAGAUAGAUGAGAAAAUUGACGUAAAAAUUGCAAUCCUGGAAAAGAUGCGAGCAAAGCUUAAACAAGAGUCCACAAAUCUGACGGCUACAAAAAUGAAGAGACUCUCUUUACAACAGGAUGGUCUUGAGAUGCAAUUGGCAGGUCUGACAAGCGCAGUCGAGUUCACUGAAAAUAUUCUUGUCAAGGGCAGCAAUAAUGAUGUUUUGUCAAUGAAGACACAAAUCGAAUCGCGUUUAACAGAGCUAUCAGAUAAAGAAAUUGAUGACGAGGUCGAUGAGGAAGACAAGCAAAUCUUACAAGUCAAUGAAAUAUCUUAUAGUGACUUGGAGAACUAUGUUGUAAUCAAAGAUGAAUCUGCUCCUGAUCCUAAAAAGUGCAAAGUGGAUUCGAUUCCAAACACCAACAAUAUUGUCAUCGAAGUCCGGAAUUGCUGUAAUGAAAAAAUUAGCAUAAAAACAAACAGGAUUCAGAUCAAAUAUCCUUUACCAAUUACAUGCUCCAAACGUAUUGGCAAAAAAGGGGAAUUUAUUCUAAAUGGUUCGUUUCAGCGACAUAGCGUAUUUACUGCUGCUCACCAACUCGAAGUCCUGAUUGACGGACAUCCUAUCAAUAAUGCGAUAUCACUGGAAGAGAGCAAAGAGGAAGAAGUAGUUAACACGAGGCCUCGAACAAGUACAGAGAAAACGGAAAGAAAGCUUCAAAAUGCUGCCAAAGAAGCUAGGACCUUCGCUGAAAACGUCAAGAAAUGUAUAGAAAAAAGACGAACGACUGUUGCCUUACUAAGAGAUUUCAUUAAUUGCCUGAACAACGGGAGUGAACAAGUUGAUGUGACCUCAAAAGUGCCAGAAGCCGAUGGCGUUCAAAAGCAAACAGGUGAAGACAACGCGAAUAAGCUGGUGAAAAUUCAGUCAUGUUUGGACGAGGACAAAGACAUAAUGGCAAUUAUUGAUAAUAAGUACACUAGCCUCAUGGCUGAUGCUGAGCACGUCAGUCAAUACGGCCCUAACUAUGGUUCCAAAGACCAGAUUCUAUGUUCUUUGAUUGUGGCUGCUACAUUUUCAAAUAGCUGGGUAGACGAAGUGAAUGAUAAUCUUACGUCCACAAUCAACGUGUUCACCAUGGUAUGUAGUAGUUUUUUAAAGUCAUCGACGCAUAAGGAAGCAGACGAUGAAUCCGAGACAAGUACAGUUUCAAAAUGUAUGGGAACAGAGAUAGUUCAUCGCCUUGCACCGAAAAUGAAGGACGUCUUCAACAAAGGUGUUGUCAAAACAUCUGAGCUCACGGUACAGAGCGUUUUAGGCAAAGCAGCUGUAGAUGUUCCUUCAGCGUUUGACAUCUAUAAAAUUAUGGAUGAGUCUCAAACCAGUAAUGUUUUUGAAUGUGAAACUUCCAAAAUUCUCCGAGACAUCGAACAAGGAUUUAGGGAACAACUGGAAAAAAUGGACAGCUUUAUUGCAGAAAUUAAGUCUUUGGCUGUAAACUUGGAGGUAGUGCUUAAGGAUGCGUUAAAUAAUCUCUUAGAGAACAUUUCCUGUACAGAUGAAAUAAAUGACCAACAAGUUGAAGAAUGGACUCAGUGCCUAGGUGCACUAUCCUGGCAACAUGCUGUAGGUGAAUUGGGAGAAUCUAGUAAAAAUUAUUUUUUGCUUAUAAUCGCUAAAGCAUACAAUUUCCUAAAACCCAAAUUCGAAGAAUACGAGCCGACAGACAGCGAAAGAAGAGAGAAGAUCGUCGACAUAACUUUUCUUGCCCACGGCGGAGUUUGCCAGCCACUACUGCCAGGCAGAUUGCACUAUUUGAACAAUAAAAAGGUCAAAUCAAUUCUCUUAUAUGUACCAUGGGGCUGCAUGCUUGAUGCAAGUGCUGCCUAUGGAAUAGCAACAGGGACAAUCACACCAGAAAAUGUUGCUUUUAAAGGUUUAUUGGAUGAAGGCCAGCGUUUGAUGUACUGGAACAAACUCCCAAUGGGAGGCACAGAGAUCCCAAAUGUGGUUUUCAAGCGUGUUUCAAUCGGCGAAGAUGCCAUUCAGCAUUUGGAACAAAUUGAUUUUUUACUUCGACGAAGUGCACGUGGGAUUUUCAUACCUUUCUUGCCAGAAAGAACUAACCUCGAAGAAAUACCGCUGUCAGCUCUGGCCGUUGCUGUGCCUAUUAUUAGUUGGGUUCUGAGUGGUAACGGAUCAGAUAAUUCACAAGAUUCGAACUAUGCAGAACGAGAUAUGAAAUACAGAAUCCACAUCGCUUCUUGUUUAUAUCCUAUGGAUGACAAUAUUUUAGAUAGUUCUAAAGACCGUUUGUGGCCUAAAGUUAAUUGCAAGCAGUACUGGGCUGUACCUGUUUCACAUCGUCUUCCUACAAUGACUAUGCCGUCUGUAGAUAACCAAACCGAUCUUCAACCAGUUUUUCACGAGGUCAAUAAAUACUUCUCGAUACGUCUCAAUUGAUUUCAAGUACCAG